CAGGAUCCCGGGCCCGCCCAGCCUGGAUCCCCACCGUGGAAGGGGACAGCGGGAAGCGGGCGGCGGCCCUGACGGCGGCGGUCCUCCCGCAGGUCGAGUGUAGCGGGUCCCGGCAGGGCGGGCAUGGAGGAAAAUGCGGUGGAGAGCAGCAGCGACGCGACCCCACAGGCAGCGCCGGAGGAGCCCACCGAGAGCGGGCUAGGCGUCGGGAGCUCGGACGCCGUGUCGGCGGACAGCAGCGAUGCCGCCGCGGAGCCCGGGCUGCUCUCCCGGGCCGAUGACUCCUGCGUGGGGCAGAGCUCCGACAGCAGCGGGGUCUCCUUGGAAGUGGUCUCAGAGAGCAGCUCCAGCACAGAUGCUAUUCCAAGGAUUUACCUGCCAGACUCCUCUUCUGUUGCCCAAUCCACCUUGGUCUCCAGUGUUUCCACUGUGAGCCAGUCCAUCAUGGUGUCAGAGUCCCCACAAGUUCUGGUCCACUCCAGUGUCGUCACUGAUGGAGCCACAGUUGUGUCAGACUCGACUGCAUCCACUUCCUCAGACCUGGGUUCUGCCAUUGACAAAAUCAUUGAAUCCACAAUCGGGCCUGACAUUAUUCAGAGCUGCAUCGCUGUGACCAGCGCAGAGGCUGGAAGGGCAGAGACCACGCAGUACCUCAUUCUGCAAGGCCCUGAUGAUGGUGCCCCCAUGGUGUCCCAGGUGGCCACUUCUGCUCUAGCCAAUAGCUUGGCAAUAGAAGCUAUUGCUGAUGGACCUACCUCCACGUGCCUUGACCAGCCUGGCCCUUCAGAGCCUUCCAGGCAGUUGGAAGUGCUGAAGCUGCCUGUACAGCCAGACCGAGCCCAAGAGGCAGAUGGUGGGGAGGAGGUGGACCAGCCAGACUUGGAGACCCUGGAAGAGAUGAUGGAAGUGGUGGUGGUGCAGCAGUUCAAGUGCAAAAUGUGUCAGUACAAGAGUGUCUCUAAGAAAACACUGAUAAACCACAUGAAAGAGCGUCACUUCCAGCCAGUGGGUUCAGCUCUGGCUCUGAAGAAAGGACGACUACGGAAGGUGGGAGCUGCUCCAAAAACAGAGAAUGAAGAGGCCCAAGAAGAAGAAGAUGAUGAUAUAAUGGAUGCUGGUGCUAUUGAUGAUCCUGAAGAGGACAGUGACUACAACCCAGCUGAGGACGAGCCCCGGGGGCGACUGCCCAAGUAUGGCCGCAGUGUCCCCACGUCCAGUGAGGAGAGGCCACGUCGACGCCCAGGGAGACCCCGCAAGCUGCUUCAUCUGGAGAAUAUGUCUCAGGACAUGAUGGAAGGAGGAGAGGUGGAGCCCUUGGUGACAUCCCAAAGUACACCAAGCCAGGAGCCACAGAACUCGGAAGCAGCCAGUUCCUCUGGCCUGGAGAAUGGGACUGGUGAGAACCUGGCAGAGCCCGGUAUCAGCCAGUCCGACUCCGAGAACAAGGACCCUUCCUCCAAGAGCGGUGCUGAGGAUGCAGACGCCAUCCCCCGGCGGCGCGGGCGGCCCUCCCGCCGCUUUCUGGGCAAGAAAUACCGCAAGUACAUGGGGCGCAGGUACUACUACAAGUCCCCCAAGCCCCUGAUGCGGCCCUACCUGUGUCGGAUCUGUGGCUCACGGUUCCUCACGCACGAUGACCUGCGCUUCCACGUCAACUCACACGAGGCCAAUGACCCGCAGCUCUUCAAGUGUCUUCAGUGCAGCUACCGUUCCCGGCGCUGGUCCUCCCUCAAGGAGCACAUGUUCAACCAUGUGGGCAGCAAGCCCUACAAGUGCGAGGAGUGCAAUUACACCAGCGUGUACAAGAAGGAUGUCAUUCGACACUCCACAGUGCACAGCCGGGACAGGAAGAAAAGAGCUGAUCCGCCACCAAAGCUGAACUCCUUCCCAUGUCCUGUCUGCAACCGUGUCUACCCCAUGCAGAAGAGGCUUACGCAGCACAUGAAGACACACAGUACAGAGAAACCACAUAUGUGUGACAAGUGCGGAAAGUCCUUUAAGAAGCGUUACACCUUCAAGAUGCACCUGCUGACGCACAUCCAGGCCAUUGCCAACCGCAGGUUCAAGUGUGAGUUCUGUGACUAUGUCUGUGAGGACAAGAAGGUCUUGCUGAACCACCAACUGUCACACAUGAAUGAUAAGCCAUACAAGUGCAGCGUCUGCAAGUACUCCACCUUCCGGGAGGACUUCCUGGUCUCACACAUGGCAGUCAAGCAUACGGGAGGGAAGCCGUUCGCUUGUGAGUUCUGUCACUUCACCACCAAGCACAAGAAGAACCUGCGCCUGCACGUGCAGUGCCGCCAUGCCGACUCCUUCGAGGAGUGGGCACAGAGGCACCCCGAGGAGCCGCCCUGCCGCCGCCGCCCCUUCUUCACCCUGCAGCAGAUCGAGGAGCUCAAGCAGCAACACAGCCAGGUGCAGGCACCAGCUGAGCCAGAGGCCAGCCCACCAGUGAGUGCCAUGUCUGGCCCCAGCUCCUCCUGGUGCUCGCUGCCCACUGUGCUGUCAGCUCUGUCUCUCGUGCAGGCACCCCUUGGCCCCAUCACCUGCCACACGGUCCAGGCUGUUGCAGGUACAGAGCCCUCUGUUCUCUCACAAGGUUCCCUGGAAGGAGCCACCAUCAUCUAUGAACAAGAUGUGGCUGGAUCAGCAGAGCUGGCCACGCAGACCGCCCUGGAUCUUCUGCUGAACAUGAGCACCCAGCGGGAGCUGGCCACCAGCUCACUGCAGGUGGGCACAGUCAAGGUGGCAGUGGUGAAGCCGGAUGAUCCAGGAGAAGCACCAGGCCCCUGUGAGCUGCAGGCACGGGAGGAGGCGGCAAAGGUGGCUUCUAAGGAGCAGCAGCAAAAGCUGGUGAUGCUGCACAUGGCAGAGCCUGGACAGACACUUGUGCAGGAGACAUAUGGGGAAGCGAGCCUGAGUGGCUCGGAGCUGCAGCAGAUCACCAUCCCCUUCAGUGGAACAGCAGAGUACAGCAUCAUUGCACCCAUCAGCGAGGAGAUCCAGGCUCCUGCCACGAUGUACAGCAGUGAGGAGGAGAGUUCUGUGGAGACCUCCCACACAGUUGUGGUGAGCGGAGCUGUGAUGACAGAGGAGGCACUGGAGGACCAUAGCAAUCACUACAUCAUGUCAUCUGGUGUCCCAGGGAACCAGGUCCAGAGCAUGGAGCCCCUCAGCAGGGAUGCUGCCUUUUCCUCACCUGCGGAGGGCCAGGAGGCACAGCCCACCGAUAUCAAGUGGCCCCUGGUGCAGUGUGUCACCAGGCAGUUCCAGAAGGACUCGUCUUUAUCCCCAGCGUCUGAGGGGCAGGAAGUCUCAUCCCCAAAGGUCAAGUGGCCUGCACUUCAAGGCAUGACCAGGAAGCUCACAUGCAAGAUUACCGCAGGCAAGAAGCUCUCAUGCAAGAUUUCUAUGGCCAAAAAGUUUUCAUGUAAGAUUUGCACAGCCAUGUUCACAGGGAGAGCGGAGAUGGAGAGUCACAAGAGAGCCCACAUUGGGCCCAGCACCUUCAAGUGUCCCGACUGUCCCUUCACUGCCACACUGUGGCCAGAGGUCCGGAAUCACAUGGUUCAACAUGCCAACCUCCGGCCACACAAGUGCCCCCACUGCAGCUUUGCCUCCAAGAACAAGAAGGACCUGCGCAGGCACAUGCUGACCCACACCAAUGAGAAGCCCUUCGCCUGCCAGGUCUGUGGGCAGAGGUUCAACCGUAAUGGGCACCUCAAGUUCCACACGCAGCGUUUGCACAGCUCAGAGGCCAAAAGGCCAGGGCCAGCUGCUGCCCAGCAGACCAUCAUCCUGAACAGCGAUGAGGACACCCUGGCCACCCUACACACUGCUCUGCAGGCUGGCCAGGCUGUGCUGGCUCCCGAGCGGCUGCAGCAGGCUCUGGGGCAGGAGCACAUCCUUGUUGCUCAGGAGCAGAGUGUUACCAGCCAGGAGGAGGCAGCCUACAUCCAGGAGAUCACAACUGCUGAUGGACAGACAGUACAGCACUUAGUGACCGCUGACAACCAGGUUCAGUACAUUAUUGCCCAGGAGGGUGUCCCGCACUUGCUUCCCCAAGAGUAUGUUGUUGUCCCAGAAGGACAUCACAUCCAGGUACAGGAUGGUCAGAUCACCCACAUCCAGUACGAGCAGGGUGGCCAGUUCCUCCCAGAGUCACAGAUCCAGUAUAUGCCUGUGUCACCUGAACAGCAGCUUGUCACCCAGGCACAGCUGGAAGCAGCAGCACACUCGGCUGUCUCAGCGGUGGCGGAUGCGGCGAUGGCCCAGGCACAGGGCGUCUUCACUGCCAAGGAAGCAGCCGAGCAGAUCCAGCAGCUGCAGCCGGGCAUCCACUACGAUGUCAUCACGCUGUCAGACUAGCACCAGGCCAGGGCCACACCCUGCUGGGCAGGUGGCUGCACCGGCAGCAGCCGCCCCAGCCAGCAGUUGCCUUAUUGUGCCGGGGCUGCAAAGGACACACCUGGACUGUGACAGCACAGACACAGAGGGACACGCUGCUGCUCAGCUCUGUACUGUGGGGGUCCUGCACCUUCCCCCAGACUGCUCAGCAGCCACGGGGCAGCCCUUGUGUGGACAGUCUCUUUGCCUGUUGCACGUGAUGGUCUGAAAUCCUUUUUCCUGAAUGGUCUGCGUGGGAGGCCAUGGAUCAGCAUCUGCCCGGUACAUGAGGAUCCCAGGGAAGCCAUAGGGCUGGGCACAACUGUGGUGCAGCAUCAGAGGUGAGGUGUGUGCAGCCACAGCCACUGCUCCCCGCAGCAGCCAUGGGGCCAGUGGUCUUAGUGUGCCAGCAGCCAGCCCUCCUGUGGUAUCUCCAGGCAGGCAGCAGCAGGGCUCUGGACUGGAGGAACCCAAGGAGAAGGAGGCAGAAGAUGCUCUAUUUUUGUUCUGGAGAGGGAUGGACUCUUGUGUUGGUUGUUGUUGGAGGGUUUCAGCUGUAACAUUCUCAAGCUCUGACUGUGCUUAUGAAUAAAAAGGGAUGGAGAA